AUGGCGGUGGCGGACAGCGCCGUGUACCUCUGCUCCGUGGGAGAAGCACAUGUGACGCCGUUCCCCGGCCCCUCCCCUCAGUGUGACGCUGCCCCCCGGUCCCUCCCUCAUGUGACGCUGCCCCCCGGCCCCGCCCUCAGUGUGACUCAGGAACAUGGCGCUGGUGGACGCGCUGCUCUCGGGCCCCGGACCGCUCGGCCCCUCACAGCCUCUCCUCGGCCUCGGCCUCGGCCCCACCCCCACCCCACCCCGGCCUCCGACUGGGCCCACAGCCCCGGCCUCGCCCAGAGCACCGGGCCCGGCCCCGAGGCUGGGAUAGAGCACGGGACCACCACCCUGGCCUUCAAGUUUGACCACGGUGUGAUAGUCGCUGUUGAUUCCCGAGCCACUGCCGGCAGCUACAUCGCGUCUCAGACGGUGAAGAAGGUGAUUGAGAUAAAUCCGUACCUCCUGGGUACGAUGGCGGGCGCCGCUGACUGCAGCUUCUGGGAGCGCGUGCUCGCCCGUCAGUGUCGGAUCUACGAGCUGCGGAACAAGGAGCGGAUCUCCGUAGCCGCGGCCUCCAAACUGCUCGCCAACAUGGUGUAUCAGUACAAGGGCAUGGGUCUGUCCAUGGGCACCAUGAUCUGUGGCUGGGACAAGCGGGGCCCGGUUAGCCUGUACUGUGUGGACAGUGAGGGUAACAGAGCGUCUGGUGAUGUGUUCUCUGUCGGCUCGGGCUCGGUCUACGCGUACGGGAUCCUGGAUCGCGGCUAUCGCAAGGAGAUGACCGUGGAAGAGGCGUGUGAGCUCGCCAAGCGAGCGAUUUACCACGCCACGUUCAGAGAUGCCUACUCCGGAGGCUACGUGGGGCUCUAUCACGUCAGGGAGAGCGGCUGGGUCAAGGUGUGCUCCAGCGAUGUGCUGGACUUACACCAACUCUACAAGGGCUGCAUGUAGGGGGGAGCGAGAGAGAGCGAGAAAAAAACA